UUUGACCCUUUGGGACUGAAUGUUAUUGACUGUCCAAAGGGCGUAAAAGGAUGUGUUGUCCUCCAGCCCCACCAACAUGGGGGGAAAAGGCUAAGCAAGUUCCUAUCUAUCUACAAUUACAACGAGUGCUUUGACAAAACUAAUACAAAGGAUGCUUUAAAGGUCGCAAAUAAUGCCAAACCAACGCAAUGUCACCUCGUCAUCACAGGCCUGCCAGAGCUCCCAGCGCAACAGCUGCUCCACGGUGCGUGGGUGGUGUUGUGGAUGGAUUGGAGGAUGAUGCUGGACUUCCCUGCGCCGGCGGAAGAGAAUGCUCCUCUGCUCCUUCUGGUUCCUGCUGCUGUUCGCCGCCGGAGGCCUGGUGCUCUUCAGCCACCUGCAGGACCUGUCUGAGAUGGUCCCGCAAGAGGCCCCAGGGGUGAAGCUGGGAGCGACUCAGCGCCAAUCCAGAGAGACUCUCUGCACCCAGGACGGAGAGAGCACCAAGCCUGGGGGCACGGAGCAGCACCGCCCCCCCUCCGCCGUGGACCUGCUCUCCAGCCCCAUCCCCCCCAUGCAGUUCCCCGACUUUGAGAGGAGCCGACACUCGGCCGUCCCCAGCUUCCAGGAGCAGGACGCCAGCGCCGUGCACGUCAACCGGAGGCACCGCAAGCUGCUGAAGACCAGCCCGGCGAUGCAGCACUCCAACAACCUGUCCACCUCCUCCUCCACUUCCUCCUCCUCUUCCUCCUCCUCUUCCUCCUCCUCCUCCUCCCUCUCCUCCUCUCUGACCCCGGAGCUCCUCGUCCGCUCCUCCCGCAUCCAGCACGCCCGUCAGAAGCUGAUGAAGGAGAUCUGCGCCAAGUACAAGAGCAGCAUCUCUCGGACGGUCACGCCCAACGACGUGUCGCACAUCUACGUGGAGAACAAGUACAAGCUGCUGUACUGCGAGGUGCCCAAGGCGGGCUGCUCCAACUGGAAGAGGAUCCUGAUCGUGCUGGCGGGCAAGGCGGCGGACACGCAGAGCCUGAAGCACGACGCCGUUCACUACGGCAACCACCUGAACACGCUGGUCAGCUACAGCCGGCCGGACAUCCUGCAGCGGCUCAAGAGCUACACCAAGGUGGCCUUCGUCCGCGAGCCGCUGGAGAGGCUGGUGUCCGCCUACCGGGACAAGCUGGAGAGCCCCAACACCUACUACCACUCGCUGUUCGGGAAGCCCAUCAUCGCCAAGUACCGCGCCAACGCCUCCAAGGAGGCCCUGAGCACGGGCGACGGCGUCACCUUCCCCGAGUUCGUCCAGUACCUGCUGGAUGUCCACCGGCCGGUCGGCAUGGACAUCCACUGGGAGCCGGCCAACCAGCUCUGCAACCCCUGCCUGCUGGACUACGACUUCAUUGGGAAGUUUGAGAACAUGGAGGAGGAGUCCAACUUCCUGCUGCGGCAGACGGGGGCCCCCAGCAACCUGACCAUGCCCACGCUGAAGGACAGGAACCCGGGGGCCCAGAGGACCACCAGGGAACUCACGCUCAAGUACUUCUCCCAGGUGAGCGCGUGGGAGAGGCAGCGACUCUAUGAUUUCUACUACAUGGACUACUUGAUGUUCAACUACUCCAAGCCCUUCAGCGAUUUGUACUGAGGUUCCUCCCCCUCCUCCUCCUCCUCCUCCGCGGCGGCGAAAGACUUUUCCUCCUCCGGUCAAAGUUACAUUCCACUGCAUUGUGUUACCAUUGUACCCCGAAAACCGAUACAUCAGCAGAACGCCGACGUCCUACUCGACCCCCGCACGCAAACCAAAACAAACUCAGCGCAUUAAGGCUCGUCUAAAUCAAGCAAGAGUAAACGCUGCCUCUAGUGUUCACCUAGUAUUCAUCUUUCAUCUUGUAUCACGACCAGAGAUUAUUACGGGAUGCCGUAUCCGGUUUACAUAUCAUCGGAAACAUUGCGAUUAAAAAAGCUGUUUGUGAAUUGGCUGCAGUCUGAGAACGACGAACCUUCUGAAGGUUUCUGUGUUUCUGCUUCAAGCUUUCCUGCUGCUGCUGCUGCUGCUCUGUGAGGCGUCGUUACACCAGACCCGUCGUUUAAUCACAUGGAAAGCCACCGAUUAUGUGACCUUCGCCUGUCAGUUAUUUUUUUAAGCCUGAGGUUAAGCCCUCUUUUGACUUGUAUUUGUGUUUCAUAAACAGGGAUACAAACGGAGUGAUUGCCAGUAAGUAAAUAUCAUCUCACUGUGCAAGAAAAAUUAUUCUGCGGCCGUGUUCUAGUGAUUCACUCACUAAAUCGGGUUUGAGAGGAAGGCCGCUGUUUCUGAAUGAAAGCUGUUAAAAUGGAGGUCAUGUCAAAACGGUUGAAAGAAUGAUGACAAACAAUCUGAGGCACAAAUAUGUAGUCGUUAGACAAUUGUCUUCAAUCACCUUCAACCGGUAUUAUCAUUUCAGACAGAAGAACCCACUAUGAUUUAUAAAAACCUAAAGAGAAAAUAAAUCAAUAUCACAAUACCCUGAGCAAGGCUAGCUCCAUCACCCAAGCGUACAAUUUACUGUAGCAAGAAUAAAAAGUGAUUUGGCUUGCAAUUUAUAAGGCCACCUCGACUACUUCAGAGAGUUGCCGUUUACAAGGUAUACCUAUUGCAACUUAUUCUGACAUCCCUCUGAACCUUUAAGUUGACCAUCGGGCCUGAACUCACCGUGACGUGUGCUUAUGAACAGCAGAAUAUUCCCCUUCCAGACAAGCACUGUAAGGGUGUACCCCUCUGGCGUGAUGUAUUGCUCACUGCUCUCGUUCAAGAGUACCCCAUAACCCAAGGCACACAUUUCCCUGGUAACAGCCAUCGUAACCUCCACCUCACCUUGUGUAUUCACGCAACAAAUAAUACUCUGCAGCAUUUCAGAGCCCUUUUCUGGCUCCUCUCUCUUCCUCUUCCUCAUCUUCUUCUCCUUCUUCUUCUAAUGUUUAAAGAUGUACAAUGGGCAUUCAGAUGACUAUAUCUAUUUUUAUAUGUAUUUCUACAUUGGGAUUCUAUAUUCUGUGCUUCUUUGUGAAACCUCAUUUUCCAUCGGUCCUGUCACUAACUAUUUACCACAGCCUCCAGGGUUUGAUUCCCAAACAGCGUCUACGGGUGGGAAAAACUUAAAGCUACAAUUUCAAACGAUCGCUGGUGAAAAAUGAUUGUGAGUGGACACAAAUAAAGACAUCGGGCCCUAGAGAUUUGAAUCUGAUUGUUGUUUAUAAAAUGCAUAUUUCCUGGUGUUUAGGAAUCAAACCUGUGUGUUUAGUGUCCUGUGUGGUGAGUGUUCUCGAAGGACAAUAGCCCCUGUACAGCUGAGCUGCACCUGGCCAGGUAACCUACACUGGUCGCUGACUUGUUCCCAUGGCAACCUAGUGUUGACAACACAGCACUGGUACACAAGGGUAUAAUACUCACACUGUUACUGUGAUGCACUUCGCACACAAUAGAGCGCACAAACACACACUUACACGGACACACACACAUGUACACACACAUAUACACACACACACACACAAAACACACAAACACCACACAUACACACCACAUAUAAAAACAAUAACGCACACCAUACACAAACACACACACACGUAAAAUCAUAUAGUAAGAGCCUAGUACGCCACUCAUCCUGUGUAUGUGUGUACGUGUGUCUGUGUGUGUGUGUGUGUGUGUCUGUGUGUGUAUGUGUGUGUGUGUGUGUGUGUGUGUGUGUGUGUGUGUGUGUGUGUGUGUGUGUGUGUGUGGGAGGCACCAAAGCACCUAUUGCAUUAAGGGCAAAGUGUGUGUGUGUGUGUGGGAGGCACCAAAGCACCUAUUGCAUUAAGGGCAAAGUGAUGAGGUGAUGAUGUGAGAGGUAGUGUUUGGAAGUGUGUGGCCGUAUAUCUGUAUGUAGCCUGCUGCUAUGCCGUUUAUUAUAACACACUCACCUACUUUCUAUUGGAGCUACCACAUUCAACACGCUUUCUACGUUGUACUGAACACUACCCAUACCAGUGUCACAUAUAUUUGUACAGGUUUGGUGCUUUGGUCUUAGACCAGAAGUCACUUGUGUUUUCAUCAAUGUUACAAAGCCAAGACCGAAUUAAAACAAAGCAUUAACUAUAGUGAAUUAUAAUUAUCAUAGUGACUAUCUAUAUUUUGGGUUAGGGUUAUUGUUGUAAUUAUAAUUAUACAUUUUAUUUUAAUGAACAUAUUACCAGGGCCGUUCCUGACGUUGUGGGGGCCCUGAGCCACGUCUCACUUGGGGGGCCUCUGAUCCCGCCCACAUGAACCUAUCAAGCCUCUUUCUCAAUUCUCCUUGAUUCAGAAAUAUAUAUAUAUAUAUAGAAACAUAAAGAUAUCAUAUUAAGCUAAAGAAAACUGUUAUGAUCUGAUGAUCUAAGGAUCAAAAUCACUAAACAAAUGUAAAAACAAAAUGGUCACAAAUGUAACUAUUCAUUGAUAUAUUUUUUAAACUGGGGCCCCUCAAUUAGCUGGAAACAACCCUUUUAAUAUAUUUUAUUACUAUUAUUUUGAUCCUUUUUUAAGCAUACAGUAUUUGCGAGGCAGUGUUUCCUGUAUCAAAUGAAUAACGGGAUAGGUUAAUAUUUGAAGGGGGAAAACGCUUACUUGUUACUGACUGUGUUUAGAGAAACUAAGAAAUGUUUGGGUUCUUGUUUUUUGUAUGUUAAAGUACAUUUUAAAUAUAUAUGAGGCACAAAUUGAUAUUUGAUGGAGGCUAGUUAUCUUUAAGUGCUACUAGUUAGUCAAAUUCAGCUCAGCUCAAAUUUAAUAUAUCAUGAUUAUUCCAAUUAUAUCUGUUACAAAAUAUUUUGUACGACUGCAAAGAAUUGAGACAAGACAAGGGAACAGAUCGGUCGCAAAAAUCAAUAUAAGAGAUCGCUAAACCUGCACCAUUUUUGAUUUUUGAUCACAUAUGGAGUUACAGUAUUAGUAACUGGUUCACUGCAGCCUCACUUCUGUUUGAAAGCAUUUGAUGAUACAAUGUUUUUAAAGACCACUUGUCCACCCUCAGCUAAAUAACCAUUUUCUCUCUUAAUCUGUUUAUAUCCAAAACUAAAUGUUUCAAGAUUUAAAGUUUAGCAGUGGACAAUGCUAGAUUAUGUCUAGAGAUUGAGGAACAUAAAGCACCAUCAAUAUUUGAAGGAGUGUGUUGACUUUGAUAAUAUGACUAUUAUAAAUGUUAUUAUUAUUAUACAUCAUUUCAAAUACUCUGAAUCAAACGUGAUGGUUGCAGUGAAGUGAUACGGUGCCGAUUGAAAUGUAUUCUCCCAAUUUUUCUCAACACAUUUGGAAAAGUCCAUCCGUGACUUAUUGUAACACAAUGGACUGAACACUAAGAGUACGAAUCAGUGUACGAAACAAGCUAGCACAAGGCUACAAUUAUUGCUCAGCUCUUAUGAUAAAGAAACAUUUGUUAUUCUACUCCGUGGACUCAUAUAACUUGAGCUCAAAUUGUCAACAUGUACUGGUCUCAGUGACAUGAUAGGAAUCGCUAUGCGGUAAAAUCGAUAUAAAUGCUGAUCUUUUUUCCACCUAAAAGUGACUGAUGAUUUAAAUGGUAUGUGACAAUUGUAUGAAAUCAUGUGACUGUAGUGUGUUGGCUUUUGCGGUUCCCAAACCUAUUUCUCGUACAGGUGGUGAUCCAUAUAAUCUAAGUAGAUGUAGCCAAACUUCUGCCAAAAAUAUAUAGCAUAAUUAUGAGUGUUAUCUAUAAGCUAAGCUCUACCAGUCCCCAAUACCCAUGCUCAUCAAAGUUUAUUUUUUAUGUUCUAUUGGGACUACGGACAAAACAAGAGAUAUAUCAAAAAAUAUUUGCAGUAACGAAUGUAUAACUGUUUUAUCGUUGGUGUAUGAAAUGUAUAAAAGAAAAACGAUCUGAAACACUUUGCCUUAUUUUACACUGCCAAUCAAAGGGUGUAUUUCAGGAAGACUUUCUUCAGGUGGUUGUUUUCUUUCUCAUGAGUGUCUACUAAUAAAAAUGUCUUUAGCAUUCAGUC